UUAAAAACUUCUAUUUUUUGUUUGUUUAUUUUUUAAAACUGCUAUUUUCCUUUUUCGCUGUCUUAAAGAGGUAUUAAUGUAAACGUUGCCAAGUAGUUUAUACUUGUUGUUUAAAAGGGUUAAUGAGAAGACCUCAGCUUUGUGUUACUGUUUUGCUUAUUCAUUUCUGGUUGGGUCUUUCCAAAGGACACCAUACCACAAGUAUAAAGCCUCCAACAGCAGAUCUCGUUUCAAUUUGCUUUCAAGACGGAUCCAAAGUAACGAAUAUAACUUUCAAGAUCGAAGGAAACUGCUCAUCAAUUAACCAAUACACGGCAAACUUGUCCCAAUAUAAAGAUUUGGAAACACUAUUUAGUAAUCAGAGUGAAGUUCAUGUGACAACAGUAAACAAGAACCAAUCCACCAACACGCCAUGCCUGGUAUGGAAUAUAACGAACACGUCAUGGUCAUCACGUGAUACUAUAUGUAUGGGAGAGGAGCUGAUGACUUGUGCGUGCCGGUUGCAAAAUAACGAACUUUAUUUGGGUGAAAAAGUGAACGCUAAAGCUCUUCCCCUCGUUGCAAUUAUCGGUUGUUCCGUCUCUAUUAUUGGACUCUGCAUCACGAUACUUAUACUUUAUAUUUACGAGUUGAAACGAUCCAGGAAACACACUCUUGUUGAGAUAAACGUGUGCUUUUCCGUGUUAGCGACUACCAGUGCCUUUACCGCUUGCAUAAACACAAUUCCUGACAAUUCUGUUUCAUGUUUCAUAGCGACCGUUGUCUUUCAUUAUACAUGGCUAACUUGUUGGUUCUGGAUGUCCGUUUAUGGAUAUUUGAUGCACUGUGCGUUAGUAAAGCCAAUGAGGUCACACAUUAGUCAUUUUGUCAGGAAGGCAAGUUUCUACGCGUACGGCAUUCCCCUGAUGGUGGUUUCCCUCAAUAUAGCCAGUAUAGCAGGCGUGGUCGGGGUGAACUUAAGCAGCAAUGCUACGCAAACAGAAAUGCUAACUGAGAUAGCGGAUAUUUAUAUGGAAGACAGAUUUUGUUGGAUCCAUAAAUGGUCGCUUUACCUUGCCUUCGUAACGCCAGUCGGUAUACUGUUGUUAUUUAACUGGACGAUAUUUGUCAUCAUUCUACGCGAGAUAACUUGCAAGCGUGAACGGCUAACCUCAACCUCCCAACGAAAGACAAUGCGGCAACAACUGACAACGAUCGGUGCUCUGUUUGUCACCCUUGGCCUUACUUCAACUCUAAUAUUCGUCUUCGUUCUAACAGUAGCAGACGAGAAUUCUGCAAUUACUUGGUUAUUGUGUAUUAUGAUGUCGUUUGAGGGAUUCGAGAUGUUCGUUUUUAUUUGCAUUCGGCAGAAAGAUCUGCGCAGGAAAUGGUUACAAUCUAUCCGACGUUUAUUUUGCGUAAAGAACAGACGGGAAUUCAACUCAUCGUCAGCUUAUUAUAGCAAAAGAUCCAGCGCCUCGGAUCAAAUGUUUACAUUGCGUAUUUGUACUGUUACGCAGCGCGAUUCGUCGGGCGCAACGCAGCGUUACGCAGCGCGGCGUAUGUCAACAACGCAACAAGUGCUGCCGAUAAAGAAGACUGAGAUCCAUCAUGCCAACUUAGUAUAUACUGAUCGAUUAUGACGAAAAAUACUUUUUUUAAUCGUGUUUAUUAACCGCGUACUGGAGAUAUAUAGUAAUGUUGGGGAAGAUGGGACACCUGUAGCACAUGCUAACCAAAUUUCCUGAUCGUGUUUUAAACAACAAGAAAGUUGUAAAGAUAUUGAUUUAUAAUUCUUUAAAUGUUCUUCGUUUAGAAAAGGUGUCCCGCGCAGCAUGAAAAGGUGUCCCAUUUUCCCCACUCUACUAUAUACCUAAUAAAUACGUUGUAUUUGCACAAUAUUAAACUGAAAAUUCACAUUAUGUAAGACAAGGCUACAUUAGCUGCAGAGUUUAUGAGGUGUGUCUUUGCCUUUAAACCAAAGCCAUAUAACUUUGGAUCAAUAGGAUUUCUUAUAUGUAUACAAUGUGUGGUUUCCGAAUAUACAAUAUUGGUAUAAUUUAUCUUAUUUUAACGCGUGUUUUAUUGUGAAAAUAAACGACAAUCUUUGUUGAUUGCUAAUUUAUAUUUCAAUCGAACUGUUUGCAACUUAUGUCGCUAUUCGCCCAUAUAUGUGUCCGUUAUGUAUAUGUAUUACAUGCACCAUUGCGGAA